AUGACUCUCAUAGAAAUGUAGUCGUCAUGGUGAUCGCGAAGGAAAUCAGUGGAGAAGAUUUAGGUUGGUUCACGAAGGAAAUCGAGGGAGAACAUUCAGGUUGUGUCGAAACUUAUAGCAGAGAGCAAGAAGAUGCACCUAUGAAGAAGACUCGCAAAAUUAGAUUUUGGGCAAAAGGAGCUAGGAAUAAGAAAGAGGGAGGAAGGCGAGUGCAAUGUGGUGAGUUCGUUGGACAGAGAAGGGAGGUAGCAGCAGGUCGAAUGGAGAAAAAGUGAGCUGUUAUCUAGCAAGAGGUAUGUAGCCAAAAGAUAAUUAGUACCUUUUCCCCUGUAAUGUAAAUAAAUAUCUGUAUUCUGAUUGUAAUCAUUUUGGAAACUUUUGAUAAUGAUGUUUUCUUCUUUGUAUGUAUAGAGAAACAUCUAAGGACUUAGGGCAACCUGUCAAUUGUAUGUGAAUGUCAAAUGAUGGCAACUGUAUAUUGGCCAGUUGCUUAGAUUCUACUAUGCGCCUUUUGGACUGGUAUUGUCAUGUACUUGUGUGGACUCUUGCUGUAGGUUAUUUUUCUGGCUUUUGCUAACCUUUAUCUUGGGUCUUUUGCAUGCUAGGUGUACAGGUGAACUGUUGCAAGAAUACAAAGGACACGCUUGU